GGCGCAAACAUUUCUAAUUUGAGUUUGUGUGAUAGUUCAGAGAUCGAUAUGGAUAAAUUACGUAAGAGUGUUGGAACACUUAGUUUGUUCAUUUUGCUUGUCAUAGUGACAGCUGAAUGUCGAAAGAUCAAAGAUGAUGAAUUGCCUGGAGGCUUUGAAGGUGGUGGUUUUGGCGAUGGUGAAGGUGGGCCUGGUGGUGGCAUAGGAGGAGUAGUUGGUGGAGAUGACGGGGCAGAAGGUGGUGCUGGUGGAGGCGGUAAAGGAGGACAUGAAGUUGGAGGCGGUGGAGUUGGAGGAGGUGCUGGAGGAGACCCAGGAAGUGGAUCUGGUGGUGUUGGAGAUGGAGUUGGUAAUGGCGAUGGCGUUGGAGGUGGUAUGGGAGGUGGUGUUGGAGGUGGAGUUGGUAAUGGCAGCGGCGUUGGAGGUGGACACAAAGGUGGAGUUGGAGGGGGUGGAGCCGGGGGCGGUGCCGUUGGUGGUAAAGGAGGAGGUGUAGUAGGAGUUGGUGCUGGUGGGGGUUUAGGAGGAGGUAGUGGUGCUGGAGGUGCCGGAGGAGAAGCUGGCCAUGGACAUGGUGGUGGUGUUGGAGGAGGAAGUGGUGGGGUUGGAGGAGAUGGUGGUGCUGGUGGUGCCCCAGGCGGCGAUGGAGGUGUUGGCGGCGUUGGAGGAGGAGGUGAUGCUGGUGGGGGCUCAUCAGGAGGUGGUGCUGAUGGAGGCUCAGGUGUGGGAGGAGGAGCUGGUGGUGGCAUUGGAGGAGGAAGUGGUGGAGGCUGUGAAGGAGAAGCUGAAGGUGGUGCUGGUUGGGACUUUGGAGGCAUUGGAGUUGGUAGUGGUCAUGCAGGUAGCGACGGAGAAAUUGGUGGUGGGUAUUAAUCAUGCAUGGAUGUAGCAUGCAACAAUAUAUAGUAGUAUAUUAAUUAAAUAAAUUACUGAAUUUUGUGAUAUGAUGCUCAUCCAUGUAUGGAUGCAAAUAAAUAUAAAUAGUGCUAUAAUUAGCGAAAUAUAUUUGAGUUUAUAAUUUGAGUUACA